AUGGUUGUGUCAAUUCUACUCCGCACACUGGCAACGGCGUUACUGUUCGCAUCUUCUUUGGCCGACGAUCCGAAGAUAAAUGUAACCAAGCUUGAUUGUGGGAUGCGAAAGUUGGCUUUGCAGUAUGCAACGAAAAUUAGCCCUGACCCAUCACAACUUAUUCAUGUAUUCGAAGCACUUAGAUUGAAAGAUCUCUGCGGAUCUAGCUUCGAUGACGCUUCUGAAAGGUCAAUUCAGCGACAUCGUCAACUUUUCAUUGAAAAUGAAUUCCAAGGCACAUACUGUCGUGAUGCUUGCGUUUUUGUAUCUCCAUCAAUGGAUCAAAAGGUAUUUCAAGAUGGCUCAAUGCAGCACCCUUGGACGUCAAUCCAUGAUGCUUUAUCACAUGUUCGAUCCUUGCGAGUGGAGUCACCAGCACUUGUCCUCCGAGAAGGCGAACAUUCGUUGAGCGCAAAGACGGUCGAAUUGGGAAAUCAAGAUAGUGGUUUGAAGAUCAUCGGAUUUCCUGGAGAAUCAGUUUGGAUUAGUGGUGGAGUUGGCAUCGAUGCUGCUUUUGAAGACCUAUCAGACGGCGUGUUUGUUGCGGACUUAAAAAGCACCUUGGAUUCUUUCGACAAGAUGCCUUCCAUUGUUUCUCUUUUCACUACCAGCCGAAGAUAUACUCGGGCGAGAUAUCCAAACUCGGACCCUGAAGUGGACCAAUGGGGCUAUGCUUCGAGGCACAGAUUAGAUUAUUCCAUCUCAGCAGAACAUGUGGUGGAAUGGCACCGACCAGAGCGAACAACACCUCCAAAGGUAACACUUGUUGACCUAUCCAAGAACCCCCCACCCGGCGUUCCUAUCAAGAACAAUUCGGCACAAGAAGGCUACAAUUGGUACACAAGUGGUCAUGGGGGCUCAUGUAGUGAGGUUUGGGGCCCAGACGCUAAUUCUUAUUGGUGUUCCGAAUCCUGUCAAGGAGGCUGGGCCGAGGUGGACGCUGAAAGUGCCGCAGCGGGAUCUCAACAAAUCCCGAAUGGAUUAACAUACAAUACUACCUCUAUUCUAAAGCGCUUCCAGAAUGUUUCAAUCGCUGGUGGUAUCAUUCAUGCCUGGCAUUCGCAGUCAUGGGCGAUGCACAUGUUUCGAAUUAUCAAUCAGACUUCAAAAGGAGAGUUGAAAUUUGAGAAAGGAGGAGGUCGCCAAGGUGGCCGCAACUGGUGUAGAUGUGAUCAGUGCACAUAUGCUGCUCACUGGUGUGGGCAGCACCAGAAACCUCCAUGGAAUGAUACUCGGAUGAUUAGUGGCACUUUUAUGAUUGAAAACCUUCUGUCCGAACUUGAUUCCCCCGGAGAAUACUUCUUUGACAAUCAGGAGAGGCUGUUGUAUGUGAAGCCGAACGCCACCGUCGACUUGACUGAUUUUAGACUGGGGAUGCUAGAGGCUUUUAUUGAUAUCCGCAACACGCAUGACAUUCUCAUUGAGAAUAUUGGUUUCCGAGAUAUGGUUCCGACGUACAUGGAGGAAUGGUCACCUCCUAGUGGAGGCGACUGGUCUUUGCAUCGGGGUGGCGCUGUUUUCAUACAAAAUGUUUCAAGCAUUGGAAUCCACAACUGCACGUUCCGGAGGUUGGAUGGAAACGCCAUCUUUUUGUCACGAAGGACUCGCAAUGUGACUAUUGGAGGAAAUAGGUUUGAAUGGCUUGGAGAGAAUGCAAUUGCAACAUGGGGUGAUACUGAUACAUUUGAUGCCACUGCUGAAAACUUCCCGAUGUAUACAGCAAUUGAAAGGAAUAUUUUUCGCGAGCUAGGCAUCUUCCAGAAGCAGUCAUCCGCCGUCGGACAUUGCAAAGCAGCAUUUACCACCAUCCGAGAGAACAUCAUGUUCAAUACGCCCAGAGCAGCAAUCAAUUUUAAUGAUAUGGUUGGAGGAGGCGAGAUUGUUGAGAGCAAUCUCAUUUUCAAUUCGUGCAGGGAGAGCGGAGACCAUGGUCCCGUUUCUAACAACUCUUCGAGACGGAGUGUCGACAAUGACGAUGGAUCAUCAUGGCACCAUAUCCACAAUAAUGUGUGGUACGCGUCCCAAGGCUUCAAAAUGGACUAUGGUGGCCAUGAUUCUGUCUAUGAGGACAAUCUUGUUCUCUCCUAUCCGUACGAUGCCCAGGAUUGCUUCGAUUUCGCUAACUUUAUACAGGGCCAUGGGCAUAUUGCGCGGAGGAAUAGGUGUCUCGUCGGUCUUGGACACAAAAUGGACAGUGGUUGCGGAGAUCCUUCUUGUGCGGUGCCUUUUCCGGAAACAAAGGAUACAAAUGAACUGAUUGGGACCUUUUACAGCUCAUGUGGUGACAAAACCCUACAAUUGGAGUCGAAUAAAUAUUACACACCAGAUGGCAAGGCUACGAUUCGAUUCGAGGAUGCAUUAUUUUCAUUACAGGAGGUGCAAGAGAAAUGCGGGCUAGAAAAGGGUUCAACUAGUCAGAAGCUACCUGACGAAGAAACGAUGAUUGAGUGGGCUUCACAGGUUUUGGGCAUGAGCAGCAUCGGGUCCAUACAAGCAGAAGAAUAA